AUGCCCCAUGGGCAGCCACCCAUGGGGCCACCGCGGAGACAGCAAGACUAUUACAACGCAGCUCCUCCCAACAUGCGCGCUCCAGCAUACAUGGGCUACCCGCCGCACAUGAACGGACAUUUACCUCCUGCCUACUCGCCGCAACAAUUCCCUCCGUGGUAUCCUCCUUACGGCCACAUGCAGCAAAUGCCUCCUCGUCCGUAUCAAAACCCAUAUGGGCCAAUGAUCGUGUCCUCAUACCCACAAGCACAGCCCAUCAUGGCUCCUACUCACAUGCCCCAUCACUCACUUCCUAUGCAACCACGGGCGUCGACUCCUAUGCAGCCCGCAAUGUCUCCCUCGCUCUCCGCGCCACCUCCUCUCCAAGCUGAAAUGCAUGAUCCUCAUGUCAUUAUGCCCGUCCAGCCACAGCAAGUCUACUCGUCCAUCUCCUCUCCACCGCGCUGGGAACCGAAGCCAGUCGUACCGGAGCUCGAGCCUGUCUUCACUCCGCCGGUACCAUGGGUUUCCACCCCGGACUUCAAUUUCCCUCCGGCGUCAUUUCGCCGGAAACACAUCCGCCCAAUGUCUGAGGGAGUUCAGUUUCCACCCAAGGAUGGACGUUGGAUCGUUGGUCCUCUCAAGGGCAAAUAUGUGAAGCCCAAGAAUGCCCAACCGACUGUACCUGUCGUAUCAGAGCCUCAGACACCCACCACUUCCGUACCUUUCUCAGAUGGCCCAUCCACUCAAGCGACUACGCCCACUUCCGCUACCCCUUCUUCCACUCCCAAUCAACAGGCUCAGAGGAAGGAUGCCAAGCCUGCAGUUCCGAUUGUCCCAGUCAUUCCAAAUCUCCCAAGUGCGCCGCGCCGUGAAACUAAAGAUGGCUCCAAAGCCAGUUCCGAUGCAUCAGGUUCCACGGAAAUUCCUGCGGAGUCGGCCGUCUCGACAUCUACUAGCGAUCACACGACUGUUUCUGCUUCGCCUGCUCGCUCUGCACCUAAGUCGUGGGCCGAUCUUGUUCGUAAUAAGAAUGCUGCACGUACAGCGAGUCCUGCUUCGCCAGAAUUCAGUCCCUUGGGUGUGCAGAAGAAUGAGUCUCUUGCCAAUGUCCUGAGCAGUCUGGGCGAAGAUGUCUCCCAGUACAGUGAUAGAAUUGCCUUCUUGGAACCCCGGGGAUUGGUGAACACUGGCAACAUGUGCUAUAUGAAUUCCGUUCUUCAAAUUCUAGUUUCAUGUGUCCCUUUCCACCAGUUCCUCGACCUUGUUGGUCGACGUGCAGCUCACAGCUUUCAUAGUGAUAUGCCGUUGAUUGACGCGAUGAUUAUGUUCAUGCGCGAGUUCAACGUCAUCGAUGCCGCGUCGUCCGAGGAGCAGCUCAGGCUGCGGCUAAAGCCGAAUGAGCUUGAACAGUAUGGUGAAGCCUUUGUUCCCGAGUUUGUCUAUGAGAUGAUCCGACAGCUUCCCCGUUUCCGCGAUAUGCGACGCGGCCACCAACAAGAUGCUCAGGAGUUUCUAGGGUUCCUUCUUGAAGAGUUGCAUGAGGAAUGUGAUCGCGCGGCGAAGCACGUUUCGAAGGCGCAAAAUGCCAAGGAGACCGAUGGUUCCGCAUCUGUUCACGAGGCGGGCGGCGAUGGUGAGUGGUUGGAAGUUGGCCAUAAACAGAAAGCAGCUGUGACUCAAUUGUCAGGCGCUAUCACUGCGGAGACUCCAAUCACCCGUAUCUUCGGUGGCAAGCUGCGAUCAGAAUUCAAGGUACCUGGAAACAAAACCUCGGUCACCAUGGAGCCGUACCAGCCCUUGCAGCUUGAUAUUGGAGCACCUGAUGUCCACAAUAUCUUGGAUGCGUUGAAGGGUCUUACCAAGCCCGAGAGCAUUCAGGGCGAUUUUAAUUCAUCUCGGGGGCCCAACGUCACUGCCACCAAGCAAAUGUUCAUCGAGACUCUGCCUCCUGUCCUAAUUCUCCAUCUCAAACGAUUCCAGUAUGAUAGCAUCACCGGUGCCACUCAGAAAAUCUGGAAGAAGGUCGGCUAUCCUCUCGAUUUGGAGAUUCCACGUGAAGUCUUCCCUGCCCAUCGGCGCAACGCCCUUGCCGCUCAAGGUGGCUUGCCCAAGUAUCGCCUCAUGGGAGUCAUUUACCAUCACGGAAAGAAUGCCAGCGGUGGUCACUACACGGUCGAUGUGCGACGUCAAGAUGGCCGUGAAUGGAUCCGCAUGGAUGACACUGUAAUUCGCCGUGUUCGUAGUGAGGAUGUCGCAGAGGCUGGUGGCGAGGAAGAUCCAAAGGUACUUGCAGCUGCCCUUGAACAACACCGCAACGACAAGGUCCCUCGAUCCAACAUCUUUGAGAACAUUGAUCAAGAUGAGCUGGAUGCUUCUGAAAAUGAUAAAGGCUGGAGCCAAGUUAACGGCUCUGGCUCAUUGGGGCAUUCGAGCAAGAAAUCCAUCAACAGCAUUGCCCCAGCAUCCAACCCUUCCUCUGGCGUGCGGACCCCACUCGGCCGAUAUGGAUAUCGGGAUAAUCGCGUUGCCUACCUGCUGUUCUACCAGCGUGUCGCCUAG